AUGGCCUAUAAAUUUCCAAUUCAAAGUAUCGCAAGCAAGCUAUCUGUAAGUACAAAUGAUAAUGAAAAUAAAGAAAACAUAACACUUAUUUGGUUUGAUCCAAAUAUUGGAUCACAUGAAGACAUUGAAAAAAUAAAGCAACAACUUCGUCUGAUCAAUGAUUAUGUCAUUUUUUCGACUGAUUUUGGACAUUGCAUUAAACUUAUUCAAUCAAUCGAUAAAGAAAAAAUCUUUUUAAUUACAUCAGGAUCAGAAGCAAAACAAAUUUUAUCACGAAAAUCUGCGUGCGGUCAAAUUGACUCAGUUUUUAUUUUUUGUACGAACAAAACUCCACAUGAACAUUUGUUAAAUGAAUAUGAAAGAAUCAUUGGUAUAUAUGUCAAUCUUGAUGACUUGUAUCAAUCAAUUAAAGAGAAAUUAAACUUUAUAGAUAAACAAAUACAAGCAUUUUCGUUUUUUGACCCACAUGAGAAAUUAACGGAAAAGUUAUCGAAAGAAUCAGCAGCGUUUCUUUGGUUUCAAUUAUUUAAUUAUGUCAUUAAUCAACUUCCACGAAAUCAACAAGCAAAGCAACAAAUGCUUCACAUAUGUAAAGAAUAUUAUCGUGGUAAUAGAAAAGAAAUAAAAUUAAUUGAAGAAUUUGAAAGAAUGUAUCGAUCAAAAGAUGCUAUACGCUGGUAUUUAAAACAAUCUUUUGUUUAUAAGUUAAUCAAUAAAGCAUUAAGAACAGAAGAUAUCGAUCUUCUCUAUAUAUUUCAAUUUUUUAUUAGUGAUCUUUCUGAAGUUCUACAACAAGAACAUAAACAAAUUUUAUUAUCAAAAGAAAAAAUUCUGAAUGUUUAUCGAGGUGUUAAAUUUGAUAAAGAAGAAUUUAAGAAAUUGAAAGAAAAUCAAGGAAAACUCAUUUCAACAAAUGGUUACUUAUCAACAAGUCGAAGAAAAUCAUUAGCAUUACAUUUUGCUAUGAAACCAACAAAAAGAAUCGAUGUCGUAUCCGUUCUUUUCCAUAUUCAAUGUAAUAUUCAACAGAUUAAUCAAUGUAUUACUUUUGCUGAUGUUAGUGGAUUUAGUGAAUAUCCAGAAGAACAGGAAGUUUUAUUUGAUUUAAAUGCUUGUUUCUUCAUAGAAUCGAUUGAAGAACAUGAAUUAUUAACAAUAAUAAAAAUGAGUCUUUCGACUGAAGGGCAAAAAAUAAAAAAAGAUUAUCUUGAAUUAAUACAAAAACAAACAGAAAAACAAAGUAUUUUCAUAGUUUUUGGAAGAUUAUUAUGCGAUAUAGGUGAAUAUGAUAAAUCACUAAAAUAUUUUAGACAAUUAUUGAAUGAUCCAAACAAUGAAGAUCGUGCUUGGAUUGAAUUCAAUAUGGGACGAAUUCUUGCUGUUAAAGGUGAAUUAAACGAAGCUAGAAAAUAUUAUGAUCGUGCAUAUAAUCGAAUGAUGAACUAUAGACCAGCCCGUAUCAAAGAUUUUGCUCAUAUUUUCAACAAUAUUGGUGUUAUUCUAUAUCAACAAGAGAAGUAUGAUGAAGCUCUCCACUAUCAUCAACAGGCACUAAAAAUGCAAGAGCUAUUCUAUCCAUCUGGCCAUAUCGAUAUUGUUCAAAGUCUUAACAACAUUGGAAAUAUUUUCGAUAUUCAAAGAAAAUAUAAUCAGGCUCUUACUUAUCAUCAACGAGUACUGAAAAUUCAAGAGAAGUUUUAUUCACCCGAUCAUGUUGAUAUUGCUAGGAGCCUGAGCAACAUGGCUCUUAUUUUCUCUGAUCAAGGGAACUACGAUGAAGCUCUCGAAUAUCAUCAACGAGUACUGAAAAUUCAAGAGAAAUGUUAUCCAUCUGGUCAUAUCGAUAUUGCCUCUACUUUGAAUAAUAUUGGUGUUUGUUAUGAAGGUCAGAACAACCAAGAUGCGGCACUUGACUACUACCAACGUUCAUUGACUAUGCAUAAAAACUUUCUUCCUGUUGAUCAUCCAAAUCGACAGAAAACUGAAACGAAUAUUCGUCGACUUACUGGAAAAGAGUGA